AUGAGUUCUUAUGAGAAUCCCCAGCUUAUUUACUACGGGAUUAUUGGUCGAGGAUCCUUCGGUCGUGUGGAACUAGCGUUCAGCAAUGCUACAAAGCAGUAUUACGCAGUAAAGAAGCUCAACAUUCAUGAGGUGGUGCAAGAGGGCCACGCUGAGUAUGUGAAUCGAGAAAAACAAAUCCUAUGUUCCUUGAAAAAUCCUUUUAUUGUAAAACUCUUCGGCUCUCACAUGGACAAAGUGAACUUAAACUUAGUCAUGGAAUAUGUGGAAGGCGGCGAGUUGCGCGAUUACCUCUACAGUAUGAGUGAGGAUGAACUCUAUGAUGCUGUUCGUUUCUACUCAGCUGAAGUUAUCUUCGCUCUACAGCACAUUCAUUCAAAGAACGUUGUGUACCGCGAUCUCAAACCUGAGAAUUUGUUGCUCUCCAAAGAUGGACAUGUGAGGAUUACAGAUUUUGGACUGGCAAAAGUACUUAAAGCAAAGACAUACACAAUUUGCGGAACUGCAGAGUACAUGGCACCUGAAAUAUUUCAAAAAUCAGGAUAUGGAACAGCAGUGGAUUGGUGGUCUCUCGGUAUUGUGAUAUUCGAACUGAUCUCCGGGAAACCUCCGUUCUGUGGAAAUACUGUAGACGAGACUUUCGAGAAAAUACGGGAGGGAAGCCUGCAAUACCCCGAUGGAUUUAGCUGCGAAGCAAGAGAAGUCGUUACAAAGCUGCUCGACCGAAACCCACAGCUGCGCGCUCCCGAAGUGACUGCGCUUGUGUGGUACUCAGAAAUCGAUUGGGACAACGUCAAAAACGCAACAAUCAAGCCCCCAUUCGUGCCCGCUUCGUUUGAUAUCAACGAUCUACAACCGUUAGAAGAAAAAGCCGAUGAAGUGGCGUCGAUGCAGAGAGAAAGGGAUCUCUUUGAGGACUGGUGCGAAUUUUAA